ACUGCUACUGCACAGAGAAACAUCAAUCCCUAUUGUGCAAUGCAAAUUGAAUCACGAGAAAUCGAAGAUGGCAGAGGGAAUUACGUACAAAUUUCCCAAAGAUGUGGUGAUCUAUAUAAUUUUGAAGCUUCCAAUAAAAUCUGUUUUGCAAUUCAAAUGUGUCUCUAAAUCAUGGUACACUCUCAUGCAAUCAUCGAUAUUCAUCAAUCUUCAUCUGAAUCGUACCACCACUGCCGAUGAUGAAAUCAUUCUCUUCAAGCGCUCCUUUAAAGAAGAAGCCAACCAAUUUAGAAGUAUCAUGUCUUUCCUAUCUAGUUGUGAUGACAAUGAUGAUUUUUACCAUGUUUCUCCAGAUCUAGAUGUUCCAUAUUUGACUACCACUACUUCUUGUGUUUUUCACAGAUUCAUGGGCCCUUGUCGUGGUUUAAUUGUUUUAUGUCGUGGUUUAAUUGUUUUAAUGGAUAAAGUAACUACAGUAUUAUUUAACCCAUCUACUAGAAAUUAUAGGCUAUUGAAACCUAGCCCUUUUGGUAGUCCACUGGGUUUCCAUCGUUCCAUUAACGGUCUUGCUUUUGGUUUUGACAAGAUUGCAAAUAAAUACAAGAUCGUUAGGCUUGCAGAAGUUCGUGGGGAACCUCCUUUCUAUUGCUUUACUACGAGAGAGUGGAGAGUUGAGGUUUAUGAAUUGAGUACUGAUUCAUGGAGAGAGGUAGAUGAUGUGGAUCAACAGUUGCCUUAUGUGCAUUGGAAUCCUUGUGCCGAGUUGUUUUACAAAGGGACCUCUCAUUGGUUUGGAAACACAAAUACAGUUGUAAUUCUUUGUUUUGACAUGAGUACCGAGACUUUUCGCAAUAUUAAAAUGCCUGAUACUUGUCAUUCCAAAGACAGGAAGUGUUAUGGGCUCGUAGUCAUGAAAGAUUCUUUAACGUUGAUUUGUUACCCCUAUCCAGGGUGUGAAAUUUAUCCAGCAAUAGAUUUCAUGGAGAUUUGGGUAAUGAAGGAGUACGGUGUGAACGAGUCUUGGAGUAAGAAAUACACAAUUACACCUCUCGCGAUAGAAUCACCGUUGGCAAUUUGGAAGGAGCAUAUAUUGUUUCUUCAAAGCAUAAGUGGACAUUUGAUUUCCUAUGAUCUUAAUUCUGAUGAAGUCAAGGAAUUAGGCUUGCAUGGUUGGCCUGAAAGUUUGAGAGUAACAAUUUACAAGGAAAGCUUGACUUUAAUUCUAAAAGGAAGCGAGCAUUGUAUAGAAGUUCAAUAAUUUUGUAGAGGAUUAACUCUCUUACUUAAAGAGCACCACCAUUUCUACUACAUGCCCUUUUGGGACAACUUUUACAGCUUUCCUUUAUUUUUGCGGUAAGUAGCUUGUUCCUGAAUUAGUUCAGUUAUUACUAAUG